AUGCCGCCACACGAGAUCAAGGCUGUCCUGUUCGACUUCAUGGGGACCUGUCUCGAUUGGCACUCGUCUGUCGUCGCUGCUCUCCCUAUGCAGUUAGAUGAGCGGUCGCAGUUUGCGCUGAAUUGGCGACAGCGAUACUUCGACUCCAACGCGAAAAGAGUGAAACAGAGUCAACCACCAGAAGACUUCGACAACACACUCCGUGCAGUGCUGCUGACUGGAGACGAAGGCUCAGAGACGAAAGCACUGUUUACGCCGGAUGUCAUAGAUCGACUCAUCGUCGCCUGGCACAACCAGAAGGCUUGGACAGAUGUGGCACCAGCGAUCGAGAAGCUUAGAAAGAAUGGCUACGAAGUCUUUGUGCACGCCAACGGUACUACACGCUUGCAACUGGACCUCUGCAGAUCGUCUGGACUGCAGUUCCACAGUUUGUUCUCCUCAGAACUGUUAGGUUAUAUCAAGCCCGAUCUUGAGGCGUACAGGAAAGGCUUGAGAUUGAUCCGUCGCUCUCCAGACGAGUGCGUCAUGGUCGCCGCGCAUGCUUAUGACACCCGUGGAGCAAAAGCGGUCGGCAUGAAGAUUGUGUAUGUCUAUCGCUGGACUGACAAUAUUCAUGAAGAUCAGGCUGUAGUGAAGGCAGAGCACGAUGCAUAUCUGAACGACAUGAACACCUUGGUGGAAGUGAUCGAAAGAUUGGGACAGUAG